AUGUGUAACCCCCUCAUCAUCGUGUUGCUGUGGUUUGUGGCAGCUCUCCAGGCUACUAACAUCACCGUUUCGUCCACGAUCUCUUGCAAUGUUACCAGCAUGAUCACCGAAACGGUCUUUACCACUCUUCACGUCACCCCUAUCCCCAUUACUAUCACUGUCUCUCCUGUCCCUGCUUCCUCGGUUAUCGCUCCCUUCCAGAACACCACUUGCACCAAAGGUGAAAACAAGACUGUGACAGUCCCCAACCCGUCCAUUGUCUCCUCUACCUUGACCAGUACCCGCAUUGCGUUCACUACAGUCACGCUUGACACUCAGACCACUGAAAAUGCCUCUGCUACUGAACUUGGCCCUACCUCGACUGGAUCGGUUGACAACAUGGAGACUACCACUACCGUGUUCACUACAAUCACGAGUGACAAUACGAUCACCGAAUCAGCCUCUGCUACUGAAAUUGGUCUUACCUCGACUGGAUCGCUUGACAACAUGACGACUACGACUACUGUGUUCACCACAGAACAAACCACGUCUACUCUCGUCUUGACCAACCUCACCAGCACUGAAACCGAACCCCAAACUUCGGAAAGCACUUCCGUCGAAUUCACCACCCUGGCCUCAGUCCCGGACAAUCUCAGUCUCUCCUUCACUCCCUUGCCCAGCGUCACUGCCAUCUUGCCUAUCCCAACACCUGCUGGGCCAUUCCCAAUCCCAAGUUCCCUGUCGUCUCACCUUACCCUCCUUGGCACCGACAACUUCAAUUUCAGUUCCACAUCCAUCCACGCCAGCACUGCGACAGACCUCGUGCCUCUGCCCACUGGUAGCACCACAACCACGACCGUCACCGUCGUCGACACAGCCACUGGCGCCAGCAUCGGUACAGGUACCGGCAUAGGCACAGGUACAGGCACAGGCUUGAUCAACCAGACCGCCUCCCUCAACAGCACCUUCGCAGCAAGCACUCUGACGCCGACAAUCCCAUCAAAUACGAUCUCGACGACCCUGAAUGCGCACAUCACUCUGAUCCCUGCAUCCACUGUCCCCGAAUCCAAGCAAGCCAAUGCCGCACGCUCAGUCCGCGCACCGGGCUCCUUCAAAUAUGCAGUCCAUCUGCUCACUCUGCUCCGUGCCGUGUGUGCUCGCGCCGAAGGUGGUGCUCCUCCUCUCCACGGUUCCGCUCCUGUCGUGUCGUCAACCUCAACCUGCGCUAGCACCCCCAACUCCAGCAGCGGCAGCAAGCCAUCAGAGACAACCACCACUGUCGUCAACACCACGACCAGCAGCACCACCACCGUGACCGCAACCUUGACCGCCCUGACCACCUUGCCGGUGAUAAUCAACACCACAGUCCCGUCCGCCUCAGCCAAUGAGAACACGACCACCAUCACCAUGCUAUUCAGCUUCAACACCUUGGUCACUGGCACUGGCAACCAACGCAUCCCGAGCACCGACCAGACUCAAGAGAUGACCGAGUUUACCGGGCUGUGGCCAAACAGUUCCGCAAUGUUGACCCCGACCCCAACCUCGACCUCGACCGUCGUGGUCACAUCGGCUCCGCAUGCGAGCAUGAUCAUCGACACCACAACCCAGCACAUCUUCACCACCACCGUCACCGGUGGCCUUCCGCCACGUGCUGGUGUUGCUAAGAUCGCACCUCCAAAAGGUCUGAUCUAUGCCACAGCUUCGUGCCUCUUCAUGCUGGCUGUUGGUGCCUGGAUUGUCUUGUGACCGGCCCUAUCGAGGACUGUUGACCCUUGAGUCCGAAUUGUGACUUAAGUCUCAUCCAUGCGGUCAUAAACAAUCCUUCAACCUCAACGAGUGUUGAAUUCAUGUUUCAACGGUGUGCAAAUUCAUCAGGAUACGAUGAAUAAUUUCAGGAAAAGGCUCUUUCACAGAUCGAAUUCCUCGAGCUGACUUGGUUCAAGUUAUGAGAAGGAUCCUGACGCCAAAGAAGCGUUCAGGCAAGAAACGAAAACAGAAAAUCCAAU